GACUUGACAUAGUAUCCUCCGAAAUGACUGAUAUCGCAGCGCCCGUGUUCAAGAAGCGUGCAAAGAACACCAAUCUUCGCAAACGACCUGCCACGCCUCCGCCAGAAGACUCAAAUUCCGACUCAGACUACACGGACGAUGAGCAGGGUGUCCGAAUUAAACGGCGCAAGAAGGAAGGCGUGCAAGUAGGAGGCAACGGACCAAAGCGAGCGCUAGAUACCAGCAAGUCGACCGCUUUUGAAGCCGAUCGCACAACGAAUAUCACGGCAAACGAGGACGCGACAAAAGCUUCAAACUGGUACACAGAUGCUGCGCUUGCUGCCAAAGAUGCUGGAAGCAAGACCACAAAGGAGGAGACAGUGGUUCAAGAAGCACCGGACGGAACAUAUCAGGGUACCGCGAAAUACUCAAGUUUCAUUCAAAAGCAUCCAGAUGCACGCCAGGUGGGGCCAGUGAGAGCGCCUACAAACAUCAGAACAAUCACCGUCACCGAUUUUGCGCCUGAUGUGUGCAAAGACUACAAGCAGACAGGCUUCUGUGGUUUCGGAGACAGCUGCAAGUUCUUACACGCUCGAGAAGACUAUGCGCAAGGAUGGCAGCUGGACAAGGAAUGGGAAAAGGCAGGCAAAAAGGACAAGCUGGGCCAGAAAAAGAAUGACGACGACGGCCUUGACGACGAGGAGAAGAUGCUGAAGGAGAUCCCCUUCAAGUGCAUCAUCUGCAAGGGGGAUUACAAGAACCCGGUCGUGACCAAGUGCGGACACUACUUCUGUGAAAAGUGUGCCAUGCAAAGAUACAUGAAGGAUAAGAAGAAGACUUGUGCCAAUUGUGGUGCCGACACGAAUGGAAGCUUUGGCAUCGCAAAGAAGCUGAAAGACUUGCUGCAGCGGAAGAAGAAGCGUGAAGAGGAAAGGGCAGAGAAAGAGGCCGAGCAGCAUGGCGAGUAA